AUGGACGAAGACGUGGACGUGGACGUGGACAUGGACGUGGACCUGGACGUGGACGUGGACGUGAACGUGGACGUGGACAUGGACGUGAACGUAGACGUGGACGUGGACGUGGACGUGGACGUGGACGUCGACGUGGACGUGGACGUGGACAUGGACAUGGACGUGGACGUGGACGUGGACAUGGAUAUGGACGUGGACGUGGACGUGGACAUGGAUAUGGACGUAGACGUGAACGUGGACGUGGACGUGGACAUGGACAUGGACGUGGACGUGGACGUGGACAUUGAUGUGGACGUGGACGUGACCGUGGACGUGGACGUCGACAUGGACGUGGACAUGGACGUGGACAUGGACAUGGACAUGGACGUGGAGGUUGACGUGGACGUGGACGUGAACGUGGACGUGGACAUAGACGUGGACGUGGACGUGGACGUGGACGUAGACGUGGACGUGGAUGUGGACGUGGACGUGGAGGUCGACAUGGACGUGGAGGUGGACGUGGACGUGGACAUGGACGUGGACGUGGACGUGGAGGUGGGCGUGGACAUGGUCGUGGACGUGGACGUGGACGUGGACGUAGAGAUGGUCGUGGACGUGGACGUGGACAUAGACAUGGACAUGGACGUGGUCGAGGACGUGGACAUGGACGUGGACGUGGACGUGGACGUGGACGUGAACGUGGACGUGGACGUCGACAUGGACGUGGACGUGGACGUGGACGUGGACAUGGACGUGGACGUGGACGUGGACGUGGACGUCGACAUGGACGUGGAAGUGGACGUCGACGUGGACGUCGACAUCGACGUGGACGUGGACGUGGACGUGGACAUGGAUGUGGACGUGGACAUGGACGUGGACAUGGAGGUGGACAUGGACAUGGACGUAGACGUGGACGUGGACGUGGAGGUGGACGUGGAGGUGGACGUGGACGUGGACAUGGACGUGGACGUGGACAUGGACAUGGACGUAGACAUGGACGUGGUCGUGGACGUGGACGUGGUCGUGGACGUGGACAUGGACGUGGACGUGGACGUGGACAUGGACGAGGACGUGGACGUGGACGUGGACGAGGACGUGGACGUGGACGUGGACGUGGACGUGGACGUGGACAUGGACGUGGACGUGGACGUGGACGUGGACGUGGACGUGGACGUGGACAUGGACAUGGACAUGGACGUGGACAUGGACGUUGACAUGGACAUCGACGUGGACGUGGACAUGGACGUGGACGUGGACGUGGACGUGGACAUGGACGUGGACGUGGACGUGGACGUCGACGUGGACGUGGACAUGGACGUGGACGUGGACGUGGACAAGGACGUGGACGUGGACGUGGACGUGGACUGGACGCAAGCUGCGGGACCAGGCAAGCUCCUGGACCAGGCACACUCAUGGACCAGGCAAGCUCCUAGACCACGCAAGCUCUUGGACUAG